UAGUCAUAAAGCCACUUCUAGAAAGCAAGUAUAAUAUUUGUAUUAUGCUAUUAGCUAAGCUCACAAUAAAAUACUACAAGAUAAUGAUUUCUGUUUUACCUAACCAAAUCCGAGAAAACAUGUACUGUAUAUAUAUAUUUCACCAAUGCCGUAGAGACAAACACACAUUCACUCGUAUAGUUAAGAGUUAAGAUUUGUACGUUUCAACCAUGGAACUAUUACUCCCACAUCCUUCAAACUCAACUCCUCUCACUGUUCUCGGCUUCUUAGAACGAGCCGCCACAGUCUACGGCGACUCGCCUUCCCUCCUCCACACAACCACCGUCCAUACUUGGUCUGAAACUCACUCACGAUGUCUCCGCGUAGCUUCCACUCUCUCUUCCUCCUCCCUAGGAAUCAACCGUGGCCAAGUCGUCUCUGUUAUUGGUCCCAACGUCCCUUCUGUCUACGAGCUUCAGUUUGCUGUUCCAAUGUCAGGCGCAGUCCUCAACAACAUCAACCCGCGUUUAGACGCUCACGCACUGUCCGUCAUCCUCCAUCACAGCGAAUCCAAGCUCGUGUUUGUUGACCAUCACUCGAGCUCUUUAGUCCUCGAAGCUGUCUCACUCUUGCCCAAGAAUGAGAGACCUCGCCUCGUCAUCCUCAAUGACGGAAAUGACAUGCCAUCAUCUUCAUCUCUUGACGUGGAUUAUCUCGACACAUACGAAGGGGUUAUGGAGAGAGGAGACCCAAGGUUCAAGUGGAUACGUCCUCAAAGCGAGUGGGUUCCAAUGGUGCUUAACUACACCUCAGGAACUACGUCGUCUCCUAAGGGAGUGGUGCAUAGCCACAGGUCAGUUUUCAUGAGCACUAUUAACUCUAUGCUAGACUGGUCUUUGCCUAACCGUCCAGUAUACCUGUGGACAUUACCAAUGUUUCACGCCAAUGGGUGGAGCUACACGUGGGCUACAGCAGCUGUAGGGGCCAAAAACAUCUGUCCCACAAGAGUCGACGCGCCAACUAUAUUCAACUUGAUCGACAAGCAUCAAGUGACACACAUGUGCGCUGCGCCGAUGGUUCUCAACAUGUUGACAAAUUACUCAUCCCAGAAACCGCUUAAGAGCCCGGUUAAGGUUAUGACUGCUGGAGCACCACCACCAGCUACAGUCAUAUCCAAGGCUGAGGCGCUCGGUUUUGACGUGGGUCACGGUUACGGGAUGACAGAAACUGGCGGUCUGGUUGUCUCGUGCGCUUGGAAGCCUAAGUGGGAUCGUCUAGAAACAUACGAGAGAGCAAAACUGAAAUCAAGGCAAGGAAUUAGGACUGUUGUAUUCGCGGAAGCCGACGUUAGAGACCCGUUAACAGGGAAAACCGUGAAGCAUGAUGGAGUAACCGUGGGAGAGAUUGUAUUCAGAGGCGGUUCGGUCAUGCUGGGUUACUGCAAAGACCCAGAAGGCACAGCGGCGAACAUGAGAGAAGACGGAUGGUUCUACACUGGAGACAUUGGUGUAAUGCACCCAGACGGUUACUUGGAAGUCAAAGACAGAUCAAAAGAUGUCGUCAUAUGCGGAGGAGAGAACAUCAGCAGUACGGAAGUCGAGGCAGUUCUGUACACAAACCCUGCGAUUAAAGAAGCAGCCGUGGUGGCUAAGCCAGACAAGAUGUGGGGAGAGACUCCAUGUGCGUUUGUAAGCUUGAAGUAUCAUGACGGGUCUGUGACUGAGAGAGAGAUAAGGGAGUUUUGUAAAACCAAGCUGCCAAAGUAUAUGGUGCCAAGGAAUGUUGUUUUCCUGGAAGAGCUUCCAAAGACUUCGACUGGAAAGAUUCAAAAGUUCCUUCUUAGACAAAUGACAAAGUCCUUGCCUCGAUGAAGAAGGAUCUUGCUUUGUUCUUAUUAUUAUAUUGUACUCUACGAAGUUCUUCUCUAUACCUCAGUACAAGUCUCUGGAAUUCACUAGUGUGGCUUUAUAUUCUCGUCCCCGACCACAAAACGUUUAGUGUCGGUGUCCUGUCCCGAUGUCUGAAGCUGUUCUCUCUUCUUUA